CCGUUGCUCGGCGGCUGGGCGGCUUCGUCCCGAUCCCCCGCGCAGUCAGGAGGUCGGGACGCACCCCGAGCCGCCGGCGGUGCCCCGCUGUAGGAUGGAAAGCGAGGGCGACAGUUGUUCGUGGGGAAGGAGCGAAGACCCUGAGGUCGUCCGCGAAAAACGUCUGUUUAAGUCCAGGUUGCCGGAGUGCCUCGUCCAGGUGGCGUGCGGACACCAGCACUGCGCCUUCCCGCUGAAUCGCAACGAGCUGUGCGUCUGGAAUACAGCUGGCAGCCCUGCUGCACAGCCAUUAUGUUUGUCAGGACAUCAGCAUGCAAUUUCUGCACUGUCUUUUGGAAGUAAAAUUAAUCCACUUCUAGUCUGCUCAGCUUCCCAUGAGCGUGUGAUAGUGUGGAAUCUUGAUGAAUGCACAACGAAACUGCGAGACGGGUUAACACCUCAAGGAAUUAUUAUUGGAACUCUUCUGAGAUUGGUUCUUCAUGUAAGAUUUAGUCCAGAUGAUCAACAAGUGGCAGUAUGUGCGGGAAAUCGAAUCUACAUGUUAAGUGCAAAGAAUGAAGCUAUACUAGUUAAAUUGAAUGGCCACCUGGCUCCAGUGACUGCUGCUGAGUUUUGCACGUGGGAGAAAAAUAUGCUUAUAUCGGUGUCUGAAGACAGAAGCUUCAAGGUAUGGGACUAUUCUACUGGACUGUUAAUGUAUCAGUCAGGGAUAUUAACAGCAUUUCCUUUGCUAAGUCUACUAAUUGAUGAAGAAAAGAGACAGAUCAUCACUGGAUGUGCUGAAGGACAGCUUUGGAUCUUCAGUUUAAGCAGUGAUCAUAAUUACCGUUGUGUGGCACAUACUGACUUAAAGAAAGAGCGAGAGAAAUUCUAUAAUAAAAUCUGGAAAUCUGAAGAAGAAUUAGGUGGAAGGGAAAAUGCUUCUGAGCUUUGCAAAACAAACAGCAUGAAACCAGAGGGGUCAGUGGAAGCAUCAUUGCCUGUUCUCCUAAUUGAACACUGUGACUAUUCAGUAUGUUUCCACAGUGAAGAAAAUAUAUGCUGUGCCCAGAAUAGAAGCUAUUUUUGGAUAGGAACCUCUACUGGCUUAUUAUUAAUAAACUUAGCAAACUUGGAACUGGAAGCGUUUUUAUGUUACAAAGAUUACAGUGGCCUCAGCAUUCGAUUUGCUAGAUUGUGUUCAUUAAUGAAGAAAGCAGUUAAUGGAAAGGUUUUAUGCUUGAUCACUUCAAUGUUUGAAGACAUCAUCGCUGUGUUGGAAGUUAACCCUGCUUUGUUGGUGACAUCUCAGCAGAGUGGUAUUCUUAAAAGUGGAAAUGAAGGGAGUCUAUCAGUCAUUGCCAGGUGUCCGCUGUUGCCAACAUCUCCAUUGUGUAAAAAUUUAAAUAAAAAUAAAAAAUGUCCGAGUAAAACGCAUGGAGUGAAAAGCACUGUGAAAGAUCAACCACUGGUUUUUCAUAAUAAAAUUAAGUCAUCGGGUUAUACAGCUGCACCACAAAUGGCCAUGUUUUCUCCAAAUACUAAACUGAAGAAAAAUAAUGUAUCAAAGUGCAAGACCAGUUUUAAAGGUAAAAAUAAAGAAUAUCCACUGGAAAGUUCUCCUCCAAUCAACCAUGAGGCAGAAACAUCCGUUAGUUUUCAACCAACUAGAAUUUGUUGUGUUCAGUAUUCUGGGGAUGGAAAUUACCUGGCCUGUGGGCUGGCUAACAAGACUGUACUGAUAUUCAACUCUGAUCUCACCAAUACACGGCAUGUUUUUGCAGGUCAUGAUGGUGCAGUUAACUCUGUUGGCUGGAGUCAUGACAAGAAGUGGAUAGUUUCUGCAUCAGAUGAUAGAACUGUAAGGGUCUGGUCAGUCUGCAAGAAUGAACCUGCCCUAAUUCUGGGAAAAGAGAUGUUCCAGCGGGCUGUAGGCUUUGCACAAUUUUAUUUUAUGGAUACAUUUAUAUUGCUGUGCUGUGGAGCUGAAUUUCAUCUAUUAAGUUUCCAUCUAGAUGCAGCAAAGGAUGACCUAAGACGAUACAAACAGAAAAGUAUUUGCAAAUUGGUACAGAAAUUUCCCAUGGCUUCAACAGUGGAGAUUACCAGCCUUUCAGCAGUGAAUGAUUUCUACUCUUAUAUUGUACUUACAGCUGGCAGCAACCGAGCAUUGGAAGUUUUUGAUCUCAAUGCAGGCCACAGCACAGCAGUGAUACCAGAAGUUCAUACUAGAGCAGUCCAUCAGAUCUGUCAAAACAAGGGGUCAGCAUUCAGUACUAAGAAGCCUGAAGCUUACAACCUUUUCAUGACCACUGCUGUAGGAGAUGGAAUCAAACUCUGGGAUUUAAGAACUCUCAAGUGUGAACGUCGAUUUGAAGGGCAUAGUAGCCACUCCUACCCUUGUGGAAUUGCAGUAUCUCCUUGUGGGCAGUUUAUAGCCAGUGGUUCAGAUGACAAGUAUGCUUACAUAUUUGAGAUGCAUUCGAGUACCUUUUCAUAUAAACUGGGAGGACACACAGAAUCUGUCACUAAUGUGGCUUUUAGUCCCUUUUUGCCACAGAAGUUCAAAUGCAAAGUAGAAGUGGUUGAAUUGGAAUCUGAAUAGAACAGACCACAGAUUGUUUUAUCAAAUGCUUAUUUUACACGUGUGGAAGAUAUUAAUUCAAACCGUUAGUCUGUAGAACAAUUUUUUUGUGUUAAUGUAUAAGUCUGAUUUUGUGUUCAGUGAGUACAGCUAUAUUUCAGAUAAUAUUAGUUACAGGUAUAUUGUGACAAGAUUAUGUUAGAAACUAAUAUAUUAUUGGGCAGCUGGAGAAGUUUAAAUUAAUAGCAAAGAUCUGAAAGACUCUUUCACAGCUAGGUUUACUUGGAAACCAUUGAAAAUUUCACAGUAACUUUCUGCCCACCUGUUUGGAGAGAGACAUGUAAUGUUCCUAGUAAUGAGAUUUGCUUGUGGAUCUCUUGGGCAGUAACACAGUUAUUUGCUAUAACCACCAGUUUAGUCAGAAUUGCCUACGGGUGGUUUUGGAUGUGUCUGGAAAAAUGAGUUAUCAUCUUUUACUAGCUACUAACAAAAUAUACUUUUCCUGGUGGUCACAUCUGGAGAUUUCAGUUUAGAACAUUCUAUAUAAAAAUGCCAUCCUUUUGUGAUAUUUAGUUCACCAUUGAUGGUUCAUUUAAUCAUAAUUUUUUCCCCAAUGGAGGUUACUUUUGAAGUGAUAUGGAAAAUUUUUUCUCUGACUGAAGUUUGCUUGAGUUUUGGCUUUACUAACUUGUCUUGUGUUAUACCUACGUAGGGCAGAUUUUUUCCAGUAUGAUAUUCUGCCUUAGGACUCAGAACUGUCUUGUCAGAAAUUAAUUCAUGUGGAUAUAAAACCUGUGACCAGCUUCACCUCUAAUACGAUUUAACUGAAGUCAGGAAAAUGCUUUCACGUGGUUCUUUUGAUGUUGGUAUUUGGUCGAGUCAGUCUAAGUACUUCCUCUCAUAGUCCGCAAAUACGUCAAAAUGGAUGUUAAUGAAAUUUACUGGCUUUUCUUUUUUGCUUUAAUUUUCUGUCUGAGAGGAACAGAUUGCCAGUUGACAGCUUUUCUGUUCUUUCAUUCCCAGUGAUCAAAUUCAAAGGCUAAAAAAUGCAAACAAAUUCUUAAAAAUUGCUCUAGUACUUUUUUCCUUUCUGAAAUUCUCAUGAAAGUUGUGAAUUCUGCUGAGAGACUAGAUUACACAGAUUUUAAAAACAUUUUUAAAGUUUUCUAGAAAUAUUUUUUGAAAAAUUAUUUGGUAGAAUCUUUUGUCUUUGGUACGGCCUUUGGAUUGAUCUUCACGGUCAUGAGAGAAGUAGAAUAAGAAGACGGAAAAACAAGCUUGUUUGAGUGCUUAAAUGGAAGCUGCAAGCAUGUCAGAAUGGAAUGCAGCUGAGAGUUCGAAUCCCAACGAGUAAGAAGGCAAAAAAUGAGGCAAUGAAAAAUGAUCGUAACAUGUUUUUUCAGGGCAGACUUGACUUAAAAUGUGGCAACCCUGAAGCAGAUAAUGUACAGAGGAUCAGUUGUGUUAUUUGAAUUAAUAAAACCAUGCACAUCUAGAAAGAGUAGAAAUGAUUUCUAGAAGUUUGAGAAAGAUGGAUUCUGAGAUUUAAGAUGUAAGGAUAUUUGUGGAGAAGGUCACUUGGUAAAAAUCUGAAGGUUAAUUAUUUUCUUUUGGAUUUUAAUUAACUCCAAAACAAAUACAUUUUUGCAAGUAGGCUACUGUUAUUCUCAGAAGAGACACUGUCCUAGAAUUUUAGGAAGUUUACAGAUUGGCCUGAGCUGAACCAACUAGGAAUAUGCUAUGCCUGUUACAGUUAAUGUACUUAUAAAAUCAUAUUCUCUAAAUGCAAUAAUGUCAUGCUUGGAAAUUAUUAAUAAAGGAGAAAAAGGAGAUUAUUUUUAUUUUGGCCAGAAGGAUACUGCAGAUUUGUUAAUCAUUCUUGAAUACACAAAUUCUCAAGCCUAAUUAUUUCUUUGUUUUUUUUUCUUUUUGAGAUCUUCAAGCAUCCACUGUGCUGUGCACAGUUAUCUUAUGCUAUUUUGUUUAUAAGCAACCUAUCUUGUGAUUGUGAAAUUUGUACUCAUGCUCCACUGCAAAUGUUAAACACAACGGCAGUUGCUUAGGCUAGUAUAUUUUACUUCACGUUUUUGAUGAACUGGAUCUACACAUGCACUGGGCCUUGUGUGUUUUAUUAUCAAGUUUACAACUCUUUACUUAC